AUGAGUAAAAAAGUUGCAUCGAAAGAAGUUAAAAAAGUAGAGGAAAAACCUAAAUUAAAUUAUGAAGAUUUAAUACUUAGAAAUUUAAGUAAUGCAAGAUUGACUUUAGAUAAAUAAGGUUAUCAAUUUGUUAAUUUAAAUUUAGCUGAAAAAUCAUUAGAUUCUUUAAAUAUUGUUUUCUAAAAUUAUAAAGCAUUAUAAAAUAUAGAUUUACAUGGCAAUAAUUUAUCUGAUAUAUCAGUUUUAUCUAGUUUACCUAAUUUAAUAAGACUAAAUGUUAGCUAAAAUAAUAUCAAAGAUAUGAAAGCUCUUUAAAACGAAGAAGGCUUUAGAAAUUUAAAAUACUUGAAUUUAUAAAAAAAUCGAAUUAAUGAACUUUUGACUCCUAAAUGUCCUAAUUUAAUGCAUUUAAAUUUAAAUGAAAAUAAUAUUGAUAAAAUGGAAACUUUCGAAGGGCUAGAACCUUUAAAAAUUUUAGAAUUAAGAAGUAAUAGAAUAUCUUCAAUUUAAUAAUUAAUAAAUAUGCCUAAAUUAUAAGAAUUAUAUUUAGCUUAAAACAAAAUUAAAUAAAUUGUAGGUAUUGAUUCUUUAGUAAGCCUUUAAAGAUUACAUUUAAGAUAAAAUAAUAUUGAAGUUUUUGAAGAAACUUUUCCAAAUUUAGAAAAUUUAUAAUAUUUAAAUUUAAGAGAAAAUAAAGUUGAAAAAAUCGAAGAAAUUAAUAAACUGGUUACUUUGCCUAAUUUAAAAGUUUUAAUUCAUUCUUUUAAUCCUAUUAUUAAUAAAAAUGCAAAUUAUUUAUUUGAAACUAUUAAUUCUUUAUUAAAAUUAGAGAGAAUUAAUAAAUUAUAGAUUACAAAAAAUAUUAAACUUAAUGCAUUUGCAUAUGCUGAAGAUAAAUAUAAUAAAGACUAAUAGGAAAGAAAAAGAAUAGAAGAAGAAGAAUUGUUAAAAUAAUAAUAAGAAGAAAAUAAAGAAGAAAAUUGA